UUUGCCGCGCCGAAAAAGAGGAGAGAAAGAGAGGGUGAGAGAGAGAAAGAGAGAGUACGGCGCCUCGUGCGUUAGAAGAGGAGGGGGCGACCCAGGACGGAAAAGGACGUCGGGUGUUGUUUUUCCGUCGCGCAGACACACGUCGCGGCGAGACGAGACGAGUCGCCCGCGGAGCGGAGAGAAAGAGUGCGUGACCCCCGUGUGUGUGACCACCGUCGGCGCGCAGACCAACGACGACGACGACAACGGCGACGACACUUCACGAUUCUUCUGCUAUAUAAAAACGUUCCGCUGCUAUAUCCUUCCGCCUUGGGACACCGUUAUCACACCGGGAAGGCACAAACGGAGCCGAACUCGUGCCGGAAACAGCGUGAGGUGAGUUGCUGUCCAUAAGAGAAAAUCGUCCCCAAGAACUUUGUUUAUGCAGGGGUAUUACAGAGGGAAGAACAAACCAACCCUCAAGUCUAAUUGUGAAUUUGAAGUUCGAAGACUUACUUAACAUUGGCGGGGCGCAGGAAGAAGAGAGGGUGGGCGACGAGAGUACGGUGAACCGGAAGCGAACGCGACGGUGGCCGGCUCGGUCGAAGAGUUCGCGGCAGCGCCAAAGCCGCGCAUGCUUCAACAACGAGGCUGUAUAGCAACAGCAACGAUACCCGUACCCGCUACGACGACCGGCUCAGCAUCAUCAUCAUCAUCAUCUUCAUCAUCCAACAUGUUCCCACAACAGUACUGCUUAAGAUGGAAAUACCAUCACAGCAACCUGCAGACUAUGUUCUCGCAGUUGCUCGAACGGCAGGCCUAUUGCGACGUCACGCUCGCUUGCGAAGGCAAAACGUUACGAGCACACAAGGUUGUACUGUCGGCGUGUAGCACAUACUUUGACACGAUCCUAUCGCAGUAUGAGGAGAAGGACCCCAUCGUCAUCAUGCGUGACGUCAAAUUCUCGGACAUCAAAGUGCUGGUCGAGUUCAUGUACAAGGGAGAGAUCAACAUCGAUCACACGAGGUUGUCGUCGUUGCUGAAAACCGCCGAAGAUUUACACAUCAAGGGGCUCGCCGAGGUGAGCUGGCGCAGCGAUUCCACGCAAAACGACCUGAACAACACCGGCCACAGUCCUGGCACCGGAACUCCCGGCGUCGAAACGGUCCUGCGGGAAGGUGAAACUGACGAGCCACCACCCCCCAAACAGAGACGCAGAGGUCGUCCGCCUCUGGACGAUCCACCAUCGGCACACGACGUCUUCACACCCAAAAUCACUUGCAUCACCGGGAACGAGGAAAUGAUGAGCGAGGGCGGUGACCAUGAGAGUUGGGAUGACGAGAUGAUGAUGAACGAGAAUAACGAAACGCCACUGCCGGUGCUAUCCUACAUGCCCAAGGACGACGCAUCUGAAGAAAAGAAAGCUGCUAGCACUCCGUCAAAUUCUAACGCCACAAAUCUGUCGAUUCCUGAACAAUUCCGGGACGUAAUAAAGAUGAAUGAUUACCUGACGACGGGACGCCGACAAGAGUUCUGGGAGGAACCCUUCACGCGCCGCGUUAUGGAUGCUAUCAAGAGCAAAGAGCUAGAAAUGAAGACUGCCGCCGAAAUCCUCGGCGUUUCUUACGGCACUCUCUACGGCAGAUAUCGCGACAGUUAUGGUUGCCUUAAACAUCCAUACAGAGUAAGAGAUUUUUGGUCUGAACCGGGCCCGGCAGAAGUGUUGGCGAAAUUGCGGCGGAAGGAGAUAACAUUGUUCCGGGCCGCCGAGUUCCUCAAUGUCACCGUCCACACACUUGCAACUUAUCUUUCAACGCUGCAGGGUCCGGAUAGAAUCUCGUUGGCCGGUGAUCUCAGCGUGGCGUCCAGCGGUAGCAUCGAUAGCGGCAGCAACAACAACGCAACAGAAUCGACGACGACGGAAAACAACGAGUCCGUGAACGACAUCUUGCAGAAGAUCAAUGCGAACGUAGCGACCACGACGUCGAUUAAGCGUGAGGGCGGUGGCUACAUCGAGGUGCCAACGGCAGUGUCGAAGUGUUCCACUACAUCAGUGCUGGAGAACAAUCCGGACAUCACGAUCGUCAAGACGGAGAACAUGCUGCGUAAACGUGAAUAUACGAAAAUGUCCAGCACAGAGAACAAUAAUGCGAAACUGAUGAGCGGCGGUGCUGUUAGCGAGGUCAGCCAGCAGCAACAGCAGCAACAACAACAGCAGCAGCAGCAGCAGCAGCAGCAGCAGCAGCAACAGCAGCAGCAGCAACAGCAGCAGAAACUCGCCGACCCGUUGUCAUUAAAUAAUGACAACAGUAAACCCUAACUAUUCAGACCCUACUUGACACCUACGGCGAAUCACCACCAUCCGCGCAGCGUAGCGCCAAGCGGAGCCAGCUAUAGAUCCGACCUGCAGUGCCCGCGCAGUUUUUAUUCCAACGUGUUUACUCGCUUUCUCACGAAUUUUCAUUUAAAAUAGACAAAGAAAGUAGAAGAGGAGCGGCGCUGAACAUCGCUGUUCUGCGCACUCCCGAUUCUGCAAGAGUAGCCUCAGACAAUCUCGCGUGCGAUCGUUCGCGAUUGACAGCGAGCCGUGGCUGCGUCGGGACAAAGCGAGAACUUUGACGAUUCCUUACGAUGCCUUCGAAUGGAUUCCCGCAUGGCCACGGCCUACUGUCGUAUUUUUCACGAUUAAGAAGAAUAUUAAUGUCGCGAAUUUUUCCCUAGCGGAGUUAGUACCCUAGGCGUUGACACAAAAUUCCUCUCAUUUUAACUUCGAAUUCGGCUCGUUUUUAAUCCACAUGGGUCAGUAGUAGACAUAUUGCAUACGACCUUGGCCUUUGUGAGAAAAAAUAAAAAAAGCAAAAGAAGUAACAAAAGGGAUAAAACGUAAUAAAAAGUUCAAUCGAAGUUCCUUUUGAAUAACGAUGUAGAGUGUAUUAUCGCAACAAAGAAUGCCUAUUUUCUGCCGCAUGUGUCUGUAUGGUAAAGAGCGACAAUAUAUUCACCACAAGUAGAUCCAUCAUAGUAAUAUACACCACACAGAGAGAAAAAAGCAAGGGAGGGAAAGGGGGAAGCAGAAAGAGAGAGAGGGAGAGAAGAAAAAAAUAAAACUAAAUAACGUCCCUCGACGUAGAUAUGUUCCUCACGCGAUCGUCGUUAGGAUCGCGUUAGGAUCACGUUUCAGUUAAUGCCCGUAUAUAAAUUCGAGAAUUUAAAUCAUAAAGCUUGUACUAUUGGAAAAGGCGUCCAUAUUCGAUAUGCGAUUUGCAAUACACAACACAUAAAGAAAUACAUAUGAAGCGAAAAAUUUGAAAAAUAAGGCGAUUGUAGAUAGUAUUCUCAGCUAUUUGUAUUUAGAAAAGUAUUUAAAGAGAUAGGUAGAAAGAAUGAGAGAAAGAGAAUGAGAGCAAGAGUGAGAGCGAAACGAGAGCGAGAAAAAAUCAUUUCAGGCUGCGUAUCCAAUAGUAAAUCGUUUAUGAUUUAAAUGUAUUUUCAUGAUGCAAGCCUUAACAUUAGAAACUGUUUUGUUUAUGUUAUCGAUUCGCUGACAAAAUUUACGCGCGUACAGUUUUACAUGUGUUACCUAUAUUUUUGGAAGACAUUGUUUAGAACGGUUAAGUUUUAGGAACGUAAAUUUCAUGCAAUUAAAGUAAAGGCAUUGCGAUCGGUUAGCGAUUUUUAUGCGUCGUACGAAAAUCGCGGCAAUUGCCUUUUCUCGAGUAUUCGCAAUGUUACUGAAAUAGUCCAUUGCGCACAUAAUGUAACAUGAUAAUGGUGUAUAUCAUUCUAUUUUGUUUUUCUUUUAUACCGGUACGUAAAGCUGUGCAUAGGAGUGAUUUUUAUAAACAAUCUUUAUUACUUGUAUAUAUACA